GCAGAGAGAGAACAUGGCGGCGGUGCGAGCGGAGGAGGAGCUCAGGCCCGGGGCCUGCGAGCCGGGGACCGAGCGGGGAGCCAGAGCCAGAGCCGGGGCCGGGGCCGGGGCCGGGACAGGCGCCCCGAGGGGUCACCGGCCACACACCUGGAAACAGAGCCUGGAGAUGCUGCUUGGGGACCCUACUGAUGAAGUAAUUAAGCAUUUUAUGCGACUUAUUCUAGAAGACAGUUAUGAAGCCCAGUCAGAACUUCAAACUAUUAUGUUGGAUGCGUUUGAUAAACUUGGUCUCAACAGAGCGGAGGGCUGCUGUCCAGUUGCAUAUUUGUUCUUGCAGCGGUUUGCUGAACUUGCCUGGUCUGAGUUGGUGGAUGAGUGCUUUGCAGAAGGCAGCAUGAAGUUGAUCCAUUCCCAUUCCACCUUUUUUCAAGCUUUAGGCUUUUUGCGUCGAAUAUCUUCGUAUAUGCCUUGCGCCAGACGUAUGUGGGACAAGCGAUACAGAAUCAUUACGAACAUUGGGAUCAUGAUGGUCUUCGAUGGUGAGAUCACUCACUUGCGAUUCUUCAUUUGGCAGGAAUGCCUGAAGAUUCUUUAUAACUGUCUUGCUUUGUGCACUGAAGAUGACAUGAGUUAUGUUUGCCAACUGCAGAUCUUCAACUGCCUGGAAGUAGCUUGGAAAAUAUCUGAUAACGGAUUGAACCUUGGAUUACUUGUAAAGGCCUGGUUGGUCCUAGCAGAGCAUUAUCACAGGGUCCCGAUUUGCAAACAAACCUGGGAUAGGUGUUCCUUCCCACAGAUAAUCCGGUAUUUAGCUCAAGAAGACGAGUAUGAAAUGUCAGGUGUUCUUUAUGCCAGAAAAGCCAUCAUGGCUGUAGACCACCCAGAAGAAUACAAGAAAAAUCCAUUUUCACAUUAUAAACCCAAAAGCAGAUACAUCGCCUCAAUUUCCGAUGACGAAAAUGACCCAGAGGACAUCUUUCCAGUUAUAUGUUCUUCCCCCACCUGCAACGAACUGGAAGUGGACGACUUUCAUUUUCGAUCUUGUGAACGCUGUCGGCUUACGAUUUACUGUAGCCGAGCCUGCCAGAAAUACCACUGGAAACACGGUCACAAGAUGCAAUGUGUUCCCCUCGUGUCAAAGGAAGAGAUCCUCCAGUACUACAGCGAAGAUGUGAUCAAUGACUUCCAGCUGUACUGUAUAAGCCUGUCAAAUAACAAGAUGCUGGAAAGUAUUAUGGGGCAGAGCAUUCCCAAACGAAAGAAAGGAGACGGAAUCCGCUGUGUGGGGGUUCUUAUUAAAAAUGACCAGGGUCAGUGGGUUACCAUCGAUGAGGAAUUCAAGGGAUCGAGAAGGUCUGGAGCACUUACCAGAAGGAAUAGGCACAGAGACUGAUUUAAAUUUUUUUUACACUAUUUUCCACCCCAAAGUGAUUCCUUAAUUAUCAUAUGUAAAUUAUGUACCAAAUUGGAAUUCACUUAAUCGACAGACUUUUGCAGUUUGCUGAAGUGUUCUCUUUGGACCUUAGGGAAAAAAAACUUGUUUUUUUUUAAUUAGAAAUUAAUGUUUCCGUAAACAGAAUAAGGUUGACCAUUAUUUUGUGGUACAAAUUAGUAAUUGGUUACUGACUAUCCUCUCUUCACCAUCACGUCUUAUCACUCGUAUUUCAGGUUAUUUGAAGUUUUACCUGCAAAAUAUACAGUGUAUUCAAUGAAGCACUUUGAGGGGUCUCAG